GCCACUUCCGGGUAGCUUUUCCCAGGGCUGGAGGCGCGAGGUGCUUUGGGUCCUAGGUCCGGCCCUGAGAUCCGACGCCUGGAGAGCUGCCUCUCUGGACUCACGAAAAGCAUCAGGGUCGCAGCGGGCCCGAGCGGCUGAGUGUUGUCAAUGGCGACCCUGGGACCCGGCAGCCAGAAUGUCACCGAGUACGUCGUCCGAGUUCCCAAGAAUACAACCAAAAAAUAUAACAUAAUGGCUUUCAAUGCAGCCGAUAAAGUGAACUUUGCUACGUGGAAUCAGGCCCGGCUGGAGCGGGAUUUGAGCAACAAGAAAAUUUACCAGGAGGAGGAGAUGCCUGAGUCGGGUGCAGGCAGCGAGUUCAACCGGAAGCUCCGCGAGGAGGCCCGGCGCAAGAAAUAUGGCAUCGUGCUCAAGGAGUUCCGGCCCGAGGACCAGCCCUGGCUGCUCCGAGUCAACGGAAAGUCGGGCAGGAAGUUCAAGGGCAUCAAGAAGGGAGGCGUGACAGAGAACACGUCCUACUACAUCUUCACACAAUGCCCCGAUGGGGCCUUCGAGGCCUUCCCCGUGCACAACUGGUACAACUUCACACCGCUGGCUCGGCACCGCACGCUCACAGCUGAGGAGGCUGAGGAGGAGUGGGAGAGGAGGAACAAGGUCCUGAACCACUUCAGCAUCAUGCAGCAGCGGCGGCUCAAGGACCAGGGCCAGGACGAGGACGAAGAGGAGAAGGAGAAACGCAGCCGGGAGAAGACCAGCGGUCUGCGCAUCCAUGACUUGGAGGACGACCUGGAGAUGUCCUCGGAUGACAGCGAGGCCAGCGGCGAAGAGGGCAGCAGAGCCCCCAAGACCAAGAAGAAGGCGCCGCUUACCAAGGCGGGCAGGAAGAAGAAGAAGAAGAAGGGCUCCGAUGAUGAGGCCUUUGAGGACAGCGACGACGGGGACUUCGAGGGCCAGGAAGUGGACUACAUGUCCGAUGGCUCCAGCAGCUCCCAGGACGAGCCCGAGAGUGGCAAACCCAAAGUGCAGCAGCAGGAGGAGGGGCCCAAGGGUGUGGAUGAGCAGAGUGAGAGCAGCGAGGAGAGUGAGGAGGAAAAGCCGGCCGCUACUGCCACCGGGGAGGAGGACAAGGAGGAGGAGGAGGAGAAGAAGGCUGCCACCCCACAGGAGAAAAAGCGCCGGAAAGAUAGCAGCGACGAAUCUGACAGCUCUGAGGAGAGCGACAUCGACAGCGAGGCCUCCUCUGCCCUGUUCAUGACGAAGAAGAAGACGCCCCCCAAACGGGAGCGGAAGCCCUCGGGAGGCAGCUCACGUGGAAACAGCCGCCCCAGCUCCCCCAGUGGAGAGGGCGGCAACACCUCCUCCACCCUGCGGGCAGCUGCCACCAAGCUGGAGCAAGGGAAGCGGACAAGCGAGGCACCAUCAGCCAAGCGACUGCGGCUGGAUGCAGGGCCCCAGAGCCUUUCUGGGAAGUCAACCCCACAGCCGCCCUCAGGAAAGUCCACACCCAGCAGCGGUGAUGUGCAGGUGACCGAGGACGCUGUGCGGCGCUACCUGACCCGGAAGCCCAUGACCACCAAGGACCUGCUGAAGAAGUUCCAGACCAAGAAGACGGGUCUGAGCAGCGAGCAGACGGUGAACGUGCUGGCCCAGAUCCUAAAACGCCUCAAUCCCGAGCGCAAGAUGGUCAACGACAAGAUGCACUUCUCCCUCAAAGAAUGAGGCCCCAGCCCCCAAUAAAUACCUGGGUACCCCAC